AUGGAUGGUUAUAUUUUAAUUGGCCCUUCACAACGUAGAUGCCAAGGAAAUAAAGAAUGGUCAGGUUCUCGACCUAUUUGUCGGCCUCUUUUAAAGUGUGGCCCUCCACCAGAAAUACCCUAUUCAAUUUACAAACUUUCUCCAACCUCCUCUAUUAAUGAAGAAAAUGAAUUGGAUUCGGAAGCUCAUUAUAGCUGUAUUUCUGGAUAUAGGGAUACAAGUCAAUCGAAAAAUAAAAUUAAAUGUUCAUUAAAUAAUAAAGGAAUUGCUUUUUGGGAAGAGCCAAAAAUUGUAUGCAAAGCCCAAGAAUGUCAAGAUCCUGGAAUUCCUCUAAAUGGAUUCCGGUCGGGUGAUAACCUUCAAUUUCCACAUACAAUCGAGUUUUCCUGUGCUCCCGGAUUUAAUUUAAUUGGAUCGGCACAGAGAAUGUGUACAAGUGUUGGGGAAUGGAGCGCUAUUGAAUGUCCCAGGCCUACCGAUCCUCUACAUGGUGCUGUCAUUGGUUCUUCUUUAAGUUUUCAAUCUGUAGUUACUUACUCUUGCAAUGAUGGUUAUAGACUUGUUCAAAGAAUUUGUUUAGCGGAGGGGGUAUGGGCCGGACAGAAUCCUUAUUGUGAAGAAAUCAAGUGCCCCCCAUUGCCAAUAAUUUGGAAUGGUUAUGUUGAGGGAGACGAUACUAGCUAUGGAUCUAUUGUUAUGAGCCAUAUUGGCGCUCCUUUUGCCAAAUGUGAAGAAAAUGGGAAAUGGAGUUCGAACGUUCCCAAAUCAAAUUGCAAGGUUCCAAAAAUUAGAAAUGGUCGAUUGGGUCAGUUCUCUGAUGGGGAAUUAAUUCCACAUGGAAAAAAGGUUAAAAUUGAGGGUUGGCACCAGUGCUGGGUAUUUGCCAUUUGUUGGCUCCGGGCUUUCAAAAUCUUGGCUCCGGCUCCGGGCUAUCACUCUCUCAUUAUCAUUUGCUUUUUAAACGGAGCAGGCGGAAAUUUUUCUCCGGAGCUAGCUAGCUUCCGGAGCACUGGUUGGCACGGUGACUGA